GCAAAUAUAUUUAUUAACAAAAAAGCAACAAUUAUUAGAAGAAAAUAAGAGUGAAAUCGACAAAACACAUAACUCAAAAAAGAAAGAUAUGAAAAAUGAAUAAUUUAAUAUAAAAAUAAUAAAUACCUUUUCUGAAAAAAGACAAGGUCCCAAAGACCCAGCUCAAGUCCAGCUCUCUUAAUUCAUUACCUCUCCACAUUCACACCAUCUUCAACAUCUCUUUCUCUAACAAUGGAGAUUUUUCAGAAGGCGAAAGCGGUUCGUUUGCGUAGCCACCACGACAAGUACCUAGUCGCCGAAGAAGACGAAGAAUCUGUAACUCAAGAACGUAACGGCUCAGCAGGUGCAGCCAAAUGGACCGUUGAGAUAAUCCCAGGCUCAACAAAUCUCAUCCGUCUCAAAAGCGCUUACGGAAAAUACUUAACGGCGUCUAAUAAACCGUUUCUUCUUGGAGCCACCGGAAAAAAAGUUCUACAGACUAAUCCUAGUCGUCUUGACUCGUCUUUAGCUUGGGAACCAAUUAGAGACUCUGCUUUGGUUAAGCUUAAGACUCGUUAUGGUCACUUCCUUCGUGGUAACGGUGGUUUACCUCCUUGGAGAAACUCUGUUACUCAUGAUAUUCCUCAUAGAUCGGCGACUCAAGAAUGGGUUCUUUGGCAUGUUGAUGUUGUUGAGAUCCUCCCUGCAAACUGCAAUCAUCACCAGCAGCAACAGCAGCUGCAGCUGCAGCUACCUCCGUCGCCGCUUCAUCAUUCUGAUUCUCUUGAUUUCACACCUGGAUCUCCUUCCAGAUCUAACCGUUUCUUUAGACAAGAGUCAACGGAUUCAGUGGCGGUUGGAUCGCCGCCCAAAUCGGAAGGGAGAGUGAUAUACUUCCAUGUGGCGGAUGAUGAUGGCGAUGUUGAAGAUGAUUCUGUUGAGGUAAGUUCGUUUACUUUCAAAGGCAAUGGUGUUGAAGAGCUGACUAUGAGAUUGAAAGAAGAGAGCAAUGUCGAAGAUGUUAUCGUUUGUACUCGUAGUCCGUUGAACGGGAAGCUUUUCCCGUUGCGUCUUCAACUCCCACCUAACAAUGCAGACAUGACUGUCGUCUUAGUGCCAAAAUCAUCAAAAAUAGCAGAAGAGUUUAUCAAGUGAGAUCUUUGUUUGAAGCUGAGCUGUGAAAUGAAGGCUUUGGCUGCAAUUGUUUUUUGUUAAUUGAGCUAAGAAUGGAUUUGGAUUGUCUUACAGAUACUGCUUGAUUACCAAACUUAUGAUUUAUACAAAAUUGGUUGCAGCGGUUAGUGAUUCACGCUGCCUAUACCAUU